AUGGAAGGUUCAAACAAUCCUAGUCAUGAAGUUGAAGAACCCGAGAGUGGUGAAGUUAAAGAACCAAAGCAGGGGAUGUGUUUUACUUCAAAGCAAGAAGUGUAUGCAUUUUAUGCAAAAUAUGCGAAGCACUUUGGAUUUGCUAUAGCUUAUGGAACACAAAAUUUUGGUAAUGAUGGGCAACUAAAAUACUUUGGAAUUGAAUCAAAAGUAAGAGGGAGUCUACAAAAGGAUAGAACAUUUAAGUUGACAACCGUUGUGUUGGAGCAUACUCACGACUUGGUUCCUAGUGACUCACGGCAUUUUGCAAUGAAUAAGAGAAUUCUAACUCCUGUGAAAAGAAGAUUAGAAAUAAAUGAUGAGGCAGGGAUAAGAGUGGCUAGGAAUUUUCAUUCUAUGGUUGUUGAAGCGGGGGGAUUUGAGGCAUUAACAUUUAACGAACGAGAUGCAAGGAAUCAUAUUGAGAAGGCUAGAAGAUUGAGGCCUGGAGUAGAAGAUGCCAAAUCAGUUGCGUUUUAUUUUCAUAAGAUGCAACAACAAAAUUCGAACUUCUAG